AUGGCUCCACGCAAGCCAGCCAAAACAAAGAACCUGAAGCCAGCAAAGACUGGCGACGCCGGAGUCGUCAAGCCAAAGCGCAAUGCCCGAGGCUAUCAUCGCUUUCGAUCUGGCAUGUUGAAUAUGACGCCCAAGGACGGAGAGAAAGAACUGGUGAGAAUCAACCAAAACUCGCCGCUCCUACGCCUCCCUCCUGAGAUCCGCAAUCAUAUCUGGGAAUAUGCUGUUGGAGGUUACACCGUCCAAGGACUCUACGGAGCCUCGCCUGGCCAUCAUCACAGGCCCAGCCUUAAAGUAUUUGAGCGCACGGAUGGUCUGGCACUUCUACGCACUUGUCGCCAAGUGUUUGCGGAGACCGCUCUUGUUCCUUGGGCAGCAAGUUUGUUCGCUUUUAACCAUCCUUUGACUAUGCGUCAGGUGAUGAAAAAGCUUAAAGGUUAUCAACGCAAGAGUAUUACCAUGCUUCGGCUCGACGUUCAUUCGCCUAAUCAGAUUCCAUGGUGGAAUCCCUUGAGGAAUCCACGUCGUUUUCUAACUCAGGGUCAACUCACUGGUGUAAAGCAUGUUCAUUUACGUGUCUUCAGAUGCCAUCGAGUCAUAGACUAUUCAGUGACUCCUGUGCUGGAGAACCUUCGAGCUUUUUUUCCGGGCGCUACAACGAGCUGCAGUACAACGAAAGAUAUAUGGCUUCCUACUAGGUAG